GCAUUUGGUGGAUGAAGUGCUUUCUGCCUACCGAGGGUCCCAGGAUGUCUCGCUUCUGGUAGCGAGCAGCCCUCAGCUCCAGGGACGGAAGGGUUAUUGCUGCGGUGCAGAGCGAUGCAGCUGGAGCAUUGUCUUUCUCCCUCUAUCAUGCUCUCCAAGAAAUUUCUCAAUGUGAGCAGCAGUUACCCACACGCAGGCGGAUCCGAGCUUGCCUUGCAUGAUCAUCCCAUUAUCUCGACCACUGACAACCUGGAGAGAAGUUCACCUUUGAAAAAAAUUACCAGGGGGAUGACGAAUCAGUCAGAUACAGACAAUUUUCCCGACUCCAAGGACACACCAGGGGACGUCCAGAGAAAUAAACUCUCUCCCGUCUUGGACGGGGUCUCCGAGCUUCGUCACAGUUUCGAUGGAUCUGCCGCAGAUCGCUAUCUGCUCUCUCAGUCCAGCCAGCCCCAGUCUGCUGCCUCCGCGCCCAGUGCCAUGUUCCCCUACCCCGGCCAGCACGGACCUGCUCACCCGGCCUUCUCCAUCGCCAGCCCCAGCCGCUACAUGGCUCACCACCCCGUCAUCACCAACGGCGCCUAUAACAGCCUCCUGUCCAACUCCUCGCCGCAGGGCUACCCGGCGCCGGGCUACCCCUACCCCCAGCAGUAUGGCCAUUCCUACCAGGGCGCCCCGUUCUACCAGUUCUCCUCCGCCCAGCCGGGGCUAGUGCCGGGCAAGGCGCAGGUCUACCUGUGCAACAGGCCGCUCUGGCUGAAAUUCCACCGGCACCAGACGGAGAUGAUCAUCACCAAGCAGGGCAGGCGCAUGUUCCCUUUCCUAAGUUUUAAUAUUUCUGGUCUCGACCCCACGGCUCACUACAAUAUUUUUGUGGAUGUAAUUUUGGCGGAUCCUAACCACUGGAGGUUUCAGGGAGGCAAAUGGGUUCCUUGCGGCAAGGCAGACACCAAUGUACAAGGGAACCGCGUGUACAUGCACCCCGACUCCCCCAACACGGGAGCGCACUGGAUGCGCCAGGAGAUCUCCUUUGGGAAGCUCAAACUUACCAACAAUAAAGGAGCAUCGAACAACAACGGGCAGAUGGUGGUCCUGCAGUCCCUGCACAAGUACCAGCCCCGCCUGCACGUGGUGGAGGUGAACGAAGACGGCACGGAGGACACCAACCAGCCGGGCAGGGUGCAGACCUUCACCUUCCCCGAGACGCAGUUCAUUGCGGUCACCGCCUACCAGAACACCGAUAUCACGCAGCUGAAAAUCGACCACAACCCCUUCGCCAAAGGCUUCCGGGACAACUACGACACGAUCUACACGGGCUGCGACAUGGACCGGCUGACGCCUUCCCCCAACGACUCGCCCCGCUCGCAGAUCGUGCCCGGGGCCCGCUACGCCAUGGCCGGCUCCUUCCUCCAGGACCAGUUCGUGAGUAACUACGCCAAGUCCCGCUUCCACCCCGGGGCAGGAGCCGGCCCGGGACCCGGCGCCGACCGCAGCGUGCCCCACACCAACGGGCUGCUCUCCCCACAGCAAGCCGAGGACCCGGGGGCCCCCUCGCCGCAGCGCUGGUUCGUCGCCCCCGCCAACAACCGCCUCGACUUCGCCGCCUCCGCCUACGACACGGCCACCGACUUCGCCGGCAACGCUGCCACGCUGCUCUCCUACGCGGCGGCCGGCGUCAAGGCGCUGCCUCUGCAGGCGGCCGGUUGCGCGGGGCGGCCGCUUGGCUACUACGCCGACCCGUCGGGCUGGGGGGCCCGCAGCCCCCCGCAGUACUGCAGCAAGUCGGGCUCCGUGCUCUCCUGCUGGCCCAACAGCGCGGCGGCAGCGCGCAUGGCGGCCGGCAACCCCUACCUGGGGGAGGAGGCGGAGAGCCUGGCUCCCGAGCGCUCCCCUCUGCCGGGCGCCGAGGACUCCAAGCCCAAAGAUUUGUCCGACUCUAGCUGGAUCGAGACUCCGUCGUCCAUUAAGUCCAUCGAUUCCACCGAUUCUGGGAUUUACGAGCAGGCCAAAAGGAGGCGGAUCUCCCCCUCGGACACCCCGGUGUCCGAGAGCUCCUCGCCCCUCAAGAGCGAGGUUCUCACCCAGCGGGACUGCGAUAAGACCUGCGCCAAGGACAUCGGCUACUACGGCUUCUAUUCGCACAGCUAGGCGCGGCCCGGCCCGGCCCCGCCGCCGUUUUGCACAAGAACCUCUCCGCGGUUAGCGCACUGACCCCCUCCCCAUCCGCCCCGGCCCGGCAGGGAGGGAGGCAGAGCCGCCGCCGCCGCCCCCCUCCCCGCCCGCCCCCGCGAGGCCCCGGGCGGCCCCGCCGCACCCCACUGGCAGUAGGAUGCUCAGCCUCCAACCGUACAGCGCUUCCUUCCUCUCACCACGGAUGGAUACCGGGGGACGAUAGUGCUAGUGGGGAAAAAGAGCCUGUGAAAUGCCUGUACAUAGUACUUAAUUUAUUACUUUUCUUUAGUUUUGUUUCCUAUUCGUUGCGGUUUUAAUUUUGUUUUCACUGUUAAGUCGUAACACUUAGAUCCUGUUUAAAUCUCCCUCUUCUGCCCCCGCGCCCUUCCCCGGCCCGCCCUCAGGUGACCACGAGCGGAGUUCUGUCCGCCUUUCUCCACAGCUCCUCGCAUGAUCGAACCCCGCCCUGCCCCGGGCCGCCAAGGCUGGGGCGCAACCGAGCUUUCCUCCGGCAGAACAGAAAUACUUCUCGUAGGAAAGUCGAUUAAAGUAGCAUGACGCCUUCCCAAAGCAAAAUUAACUGCCUCUGUAUCUUUCUUUAAAAGGAAUAGCUCGACAGCAGCAAUACCAUUAUUUUCGUGAUAUUCCUCCUCCCCUUGCCCCCGAGUGCCAAAUCCAUUACCGGUCCCUGCAGGUGCCAAAAAUGCUGACAAACUCUUCUCAAAUUUCUUUGCAGUUUUCCCCUCUUUCUUUAUAUCGCUGUAAAUCUUUGUAAUGAAUAAUCUUGGGAAAAAAAAAAAAGACAAAAAAAAAAAAAAAAAAAAAAAGCUAUAGACGACUGAAUUGUUGGUAACCAUAGUGUAGUCCAGUGGAGAUGAAUCGUGAGUUGUAUAUUUUACUGCAUUUAGUUUUGAAAUUGACUUUUUCAUCAAGUAGCUGACCGAGCUUUGCCUGUCCGCCUUGCGGACGCACCGCGAGGGCCGAACGCCCCGCCGCGCAGCCCCGGCUGUGCCAUGGCAGAGCGGUGCCUCCCGCGGCUCCUCCCGGCGAAGCACAACAGUAAAGACUUCGGAUUUCGAGUAGCAAAUCCAUAAAAUUAACGCGUUUUUAUAUGAGAAACAAUUACAAACCGAAAUAUGCAUCGGGCUAAGUAUUCGGUCUAGGUUACACUCGGCGGGGAAGUUUCCUAAUAGAAAUUCAGGGUCAUAAACGUGUGUAUAUUUUUGACUCUUCUGUAAAUCGAAUGUUGUGAUUUUUAUAUUCGUUCUGUUAUGUCCGUGGAACUGAAUACUUUAUACCAGUACAUGCUCCAUUGAGAAAUGUUUCGGUUUUUGCCCGUUUGUAUCGUCUGUGUAUGACAAGUAAAAUAAAC